CUGCCAGAGAUUCGAGAUCUUCUACUGGAGUCACUUUCGACUUCAGCUCCUAGCAGUAAAGGGCCCCGCUUGCGCUGCCUCCUACUGCUGUUAGACCAUGCUCGCACGUCAAACCAGGAGAUGAUAACGGCAGUGAUACCGGAGGCUGUGCUGUGCUGUCGGGAUAUCAACGCCCGCUGCCGCCAGUCGGCUUACGAUCUGCUACACAAGAUGGCUGACAAGAUGGCGGAGAGUGGUCGGCUGGAGGCCUACGUGAAGAUGGUGAUGGGCGGACUGGCGGGGACCCCCCAGCUCGCCAGUGCCACUCUGCUUGCCUUGGCCUCCAUCACCCACCACACUAAAGAGAGUAUACCGGAAGAUAUACUGGACUUGAUUCUGAACAACGUCUGCUUGUUGUGUUGUUCUGCCUCUCGAGAGAUCGUGGGCUCCACCCUCAGCUACCUGAAGGUGUUCAUCACCUCUCUAGCGUCGGACACUGUCACCCCUUCCGUACCGACCAUUGUGAAAGCGAUUAUCAGCAUGACGGACGAUUGCAAGAGACACUUCCGUAACAAGACCCGAGACAUAUUGGCGAGACUUGUGCGGUGGUACGGCGCAGACAGCGUCAUGUCACUGUUGCCGGAGAGUGAGACCGUGAUGAGGGCGAGGGUACGUAACAUGCGCAAGAUACAGGACCGCAAGAAGAGACAGUGGCAGCAGUUACGCGAUGAGAAGAAGGCUAAUUCUGACGAAGACGAAGAUCAGUUUUCUGUCAAGAGCAAACCAAAGAGUAUCGAUGAAAUCCUGGCUACCUUGGAUGAUUCUGACAUGGAAAUGGAUGAAAUGGUGGAUGACAGACAGAAAGCUAAAGCUAAGAGAAAGAACAAUAAGGUUUGGAUAAGGGAAGAUGCGGACGAUAUUGUUGACUUCACGGAUAUUUCUACAACAAAGAAAAUAACAGCAACAAAACCCGACCAGAAAGACGGGAUAGGUAUCAGGCAGGUGGAAGUGAAGAAGAAAAAAGAGAGUGGAUUCAAACGGGCUCCUGACGGACGGAUGAUCAUCAAGGAUGAUAGCGAUUCGGAUGAUGAGCCCCGCAGCAGGAAGCACAGUCACGUGCCUGGUCUCUCAGAUUCAGAAGAUGAGGAAGACCUAGACGAGGCUCGCAGCACUGUGUCGUCGGUGGUGGUCGGACGCAAGCGGAAGUUGAGCAUGAGCACCACAGCCUCAUCCGUUCAGCCUCCCUCGAAAUACCAAGCCGGAGGUGUGGGUAUCCACAGACCUAUAAAGAAGACAAAACCAGGAACCAAAGCCAGCUCUGUGGUCACCGGAGCCAAUUACAAGUCGAAGAAAGCUCAGGGAGAUGUGAAGAGGAAGGGACAACCGGACCCGUAUGCGUACGUCCCUCUGCGGAAAGAUACGCUAAACAAAAGGAAAAAGAUGAAAGCGGCUGGACAGUUCAAAAAACAUUCUGAAUGGAGCAAAGAAAGGAGUGAGAAUAGGGUCCAAGAAUAAAAUGAAGAUGAAGCAAAAGAGAAAGUAGAAAGUACUUUUAACACUAAAUGUGUGUAUAAAUAUGUAUGUACAUAGUUAUAUAUGUACUGUUAUUGUACAGAUAAAAAUAAUUGUUAUGGAA